CAUGUGCCGCACAGUGCGAGCGAAGCUCAACCUCCCCUGUCCUUCAUGAAGGCCCGCUAGGUCAUUCCCCUAGCUCCGAGCAUGCCUCACGGUGUGUUGCUCAACCGCUUUACACAAGCAAAACAAGCCGCAUACAAGCUCAGCAUGCGAGAAUGACCCGCGAUGGAUGUCGCCCAUCCCACAGCAGGCUGGGAGCAGCUCGGUGACCGCUUUUACCGCAAAACGCAGCUGUACGCUCAAGUGUUCGACCAGGACCUGGACCUGGACAACUACCUGGUCGCGGGGGCUCCGUAUGGAGGCGCCAUCGCGCUUUACCGCGACGAGGACAAGCUGAUCGCAUUCCAGGCGACGCAUCCCUCCAAGCCGUCCAUCGACAUCUACAGCUGCGCCGGCAAGCUCAUCCGCCGCAUCAACUGGGACCAGGGCUCCAUCAAGGGGCUCGGCUGGUCCGAGGACGAGAAGCUCCUUGUUGUCACGGCCGACGGCACCGUGAGAUGUUACUAUGACUUGCAGGGAGAGUUCACCCAGUUCUCUCUGGGCAACGGCGCCGACGAGGCCGGCGUUCAGUCCUGCAGGUUCUACGCCCAUGGUCUUGUUGCGCUCCUGAAGAACAAUGCCUUGGUGUCUGUGUCAUCGUAUGACGAGCCUCGCCCCAAGCUCCUCGCAUCUCCCCCUGAGGGGCAGGUCCACUCGUGGAACAUCAUCCCGCCUGCCUACACGCUCUCGCGUUCCGUCGAGGUGCUUCUCAGCAUCGGCCAAACCAUCUACAUGUGUGAUGCGUCCGAGUGCGAAGACCGCUUCCUGGACAUUGGGCCCUUCUCCCACAUUGCCGUGUCGCCGAAUGGCAGGUUUUGCGCCCUCUACACGGCCACCGGUCAGGCCCAUGUCAUCACCAGCGACUUCCAAACCCGCUUGAGCGAGCACAACUCGAGGUCCAAGAUCUCGCCCAAGUAUUUUGAGUGGUGCGGCAAUGAUGCGGUAGUCAUUGCCUGGGAAGAUGAGGUCCAUCUGGUCGGCCCGAGCGGCUCACUGGCCAAGUUCUUCUAUGAUAGCGGCCGGGUGCACAUCGUUCCCGACUAUGACGGAGUCAGGAUCGUUGCGAAUGAAACAUGCGACUUCCUCCAGAAGGUCCCGGAUGUCACAGAGGAGGUAUUCCGCCUCGGUUCCGGGUCACCAGCCUCCAUUCUCCUCGAUGCCGUCGAGCAGCUCGAGAUGCAGUCGCCGAAGGCCGACGACAACAUCCAGCUGAUCCGGCCGCAACUGGCAGAAGCCGUCGACACCUGCGUGAGCGCGGCUGGCCAGGAGUUCAGUGUCCACUGGCAAAAACAGCUGCUGAAGGCCGCGUCGUUUGGGAAGUCAGUGCUCGACAUCUACAACAGCGACGACUUCGUGGAUAUGUGCGAGACGCUGCGCGUUCUCAAUGCUGUCCGCUUCUUCGAAAUCGGCCUGCCGUUGUCCUACGAGCAGUACCAACGCCUCUCGCCAUCCGGGCUCAUUUCGCGUCUCCUGAAUCGCCACGAAUAUCUUCUGGCUUUGCGGAUUGCCGGUUAUUUGCGCCUUCCGACCGAUAAGAUUUACGUGCAUUGGGCUUCGGCCAAGGUCCGUCUAGGUGCCGAGGAUGACGACGCCAUCUGCCGAAAGAUCGUCGAGAAGCUGUCUGGGAAGCCGGGCAUUUCCUUUGACGUGAUUGCUCGCGCCGCCUACGACGAAGGGAGAGGCCGUCUGGCUACGGAGCUGUUGAACCAUGAGCCACGCGCCGGCCGACAGGUACCCCUGCUGCUGAGCAUGGAGGAAGACGAGCUUGCGCUGGACAAGGCCAUCGAGAGUGGCGAUACCGACCUCAUCUACUUCGUCCUGCAUCAACUAAAGCGCAAACUGCCGCUGGCAGGCUUCUUCCGCGUCAUCAACAGCCGGCCGACCGCCACGGCCUUGGUCGAGGCGUCGGCGAGGCAGGGAGAUGCCGACGGUCGCGAAGAUACCGCGCUGCUCAAAGACCUGUACUACCAAGAUGACCGCCGCUUAGAAGGCGCCACAGUAUUCGUGCGCGAGGCAUUGCGCCAGCCAGAGAGCCGAACAGCUAGCGACAAGCUCUCGCUCGCGGCGAAAUUGCUGUCGGAUAACGCCAAGGAGCAUGCGUUUGAGAUCGGCGCCCUCAAAGAGGCGACCACGCUCCUGCGUAUGCAGGAAGCGUUUGACCGCGAUCUUACCGACAGCUUCACCGGACUGUCCGUGAACCAAACCAUGUUCAAGCUGAUCAAGCUAGGGUACCACGGCAGGGCCAAGAAGAUCCAGAGCGAGUUCAAGGUGCCCGAGAAGGUUGCCUGGUGGAUUCGCCUCCAAGCCCUGGUAGCCAAGCGAGACUGGAACGAACUGGAGGAGAUAUCCCGCCAGCGCAAAAGCCCCAUCGGCUGGGAGCCCUUCUUCAACCAGAUAUUACAAGCCGGCAACCCCCGUCUGGCCGCCAGCUUCAUCCCCAAGUGCACGGGCCUCGCGCCGGGGCAGACGGUCACCAUGUACGAGAAGUGCGGGAUGCGGGUCAAGGCGGCCGAGGAGGCGGUCAAGAUCAAGGACGCCGAGGCCUGGAGCAGGCUGCUGGAGGCGGCGGGGCGGGGCACGGCAGAGGGGCGGGAGAUCGAGAGGCUUGGCUUGGCCGUGUUUAAGAGGUGACGGCUGGCGCGUUGACCUUGCCGGUGUUGCAUGCUACAGUCGACGGGGAGGUUGGGAAUGGAGGAUUUGGGGACAGGAGGGGGGGU